AUGCAACAUGGCUAUUGCAGUAUGAAAGAUACCGUCGUUGACAAUAUAAUCAAACGAGGUUUUGAUCGAAAUCAUGCCGGUGAAAUUCAUGGUACAAGCUACGGUCGAGGUGUCUAUUUUUCAAGCAGUGCAUUUGAAAGUCAUCAGUAUACGAUACCGAACCAAAGCGGCGAACGUUAUAUGUUUUUAGUUCGUGUUCUUCUUGGAAAUACAAUGCUAGGAGAUAGUUCAGUUCAGUAUAUACCAGAUGGUUAUCAUACAACAACCAAUGGAAAAAGCAUUUUUGUUACAUACCACGAUUCUCAAGCGUAUGCAGCUUAUUUAAUUAUUUAUAAAUGA